CAGUAUUGUUUGAUAUCGGUUAGCUGGCGCACGUGCGGUAUUCGUUAUAAGUUGGCCAACAACGCUUAAGCAACUAAAGCAAAAAACAAAAAAAGUCAAUCAACAAAUAAAUAAUAAUAAGACAUAAUAAGAGGAAAUUAUUGUCGGUUAACGUCAUAAACUGUUUUGUGCAUUGUGAAUGCAACUUUUGUGAAAAUGGUUGAAACCGCAACGACAACAACAAUCACACGUACCACAUCGAGUGCCCCGGCAACGACUAGUGUGUCGCCCAAUAGUGCCACGCCCACUGCGGCAUUGGUGAAUCGCAACGAUGAAACGACACGCGCCAUAUUCAAUCUGAAAGUCAUUCUCUUUCUUCUGCUGUUGCCACUCGUCUUGUUCGGUGUGUUUCUCAAACACCUUUUGGACUAUCUGUUCUCGCUGGGACUCAAGGAGAAGGAUGUGAGAGGCAAAGUGGCGCUGGUGACAGGCGGCGGCAGCGGUUUGGGACGUGAAAUAUGCCUGGAGCUGGCAAGACGAGGUUGCAAGGUGGCUGUUGUCGAUGUCAACUCAAAGGGUUGCUAUGAAACGGUCGAAUUGCUCACCAAGAUACCAAGUUGCACUGCCAAGGCCUAUAAGAACGAUGUGUCCUCGCCACGAGAGCUGCAACUGAUGGCUGCCAAAGUCGAAAAGGAAUUGGGCCCCGUUGAAAUACUGGUGAACAAUGCUUCGCUGAUGCCAAUGACGUCGACACCGCAUCUGAAAAGCGAUGAAAUCGACACUAUUCUGCAGCUCAACCUUGGCUCUUACAUAAUGACUACCAAGGAAUUUUUGCCAAAGAUGAUAACACGUAAAUCUGGACAUUUGGUCGCUGUGAAUGCCUUGGCUGGAUUGGUGCCUUUGCCAGGUGCUGGCAUUUAUACUGCCACCAAGUAUGGCAUUAUGGGCUUCAUGGAAUCUCUGCGUGCUGAACUGCGUCUCUCGGACUGCGAUUAUGUGCGCACCACAGUUGCAAAUGCUUAUUUGAUGAAAACCAGCGGAGAUUUGCCGCUGCUAAGCGAUGCGGGCAUUUCGAAAAGCUAUCCUGGUCUGCCCACACCUUAUGUUGCUGAGAAAAUUGUCAAGGGCGUGUUGCUGAAUGAACGUAUGGUAUAUGUGCCCAAGAUAUUUGCGCUCAGCGUCUGGUUGCUCAGACUGUUGCCUACCAAAUGGCAGGAUUAUAUGUUGCUGCGCUUCUAUCAUUUUGAUGUGCGCAGUGCUCAUUUGUUUUAUUGGAAGUUGAAUUAAAAUGUCGUUUCAAGUUAGGAUAAAUGUUAGACAAUAAGCCUAUUAUUAUUUAUUUAUACAAAACUGAAGAUCAAAUUAAUAAAAAGGUAAUCC